AUGUUUGGGUUAACCGUAGGUCUUCCCCUCUGGCCGAUAGGGUUGGGCUCACUAUGUUAGUGAUUAUGAGGAGCUUCAGGGAAGGGCCGAGGAGAGAGAUAAACUCGUCAAAAAUCUCGAAGCUGUGGAAACGGAAUCGAUUAAAAUGGCCAGGAAGAACCAAAUGGGGGAAUUAAGUGAGAACGAUAGUUCCUCCGCGGAAAAAGCGCAGAUUACCGAUGCAGCCGUGGCGGAAGAGCAAUUGCCUGCGGACCUGGCUUAUCUUCUGGGAAUCCCCACCAGAUCCCCCAAGAUCUUCAUGAUCACACGCGUGACAAGAGACCCAAUAAAAUCUGUUCGAGGUUUACUAAGGUCGGUCCCAUCAGAUUUCUCCAUGAUGGGUUCUACAGACUCGGACACGGCGUGAUCGGGGGCCUUAGCGCUAUAACUAGGGGUGUAAGGCGGUUGAGUGGUCAGGUGGAAGAUCACAUACCCAGUGCGGCGUACGGAUAUCAAGCGGGUGGCGACGAUUCGUCGACGAACCUCCUAUUGCUGGAAAACAAGCUCCCCAGCAACUUCGGGAAACUGGUGAAGCAUGGGAACCCGAAACUGGCCAGGAUGAAACACAGAGAAAGAGGGGAUCAAAAUUUGCUCGCAAUGAAGCUGUGUCUAGGGAGAAUGGCAACGGCAGUCCUCAACUGA